AUGGUGGAUAACCAGAGGACCCGGUGGCAGCACUGGACCGACACCACCUAUAUCAAGCCUUUGAACCACAUGAGGGCCGCUCACGAGCCCUACCUCCAGCCAGAGGAGCAAAUGCUCAUCAACCGCCGAGAUAUCACCAGCAGUAAGGAUGCCUGGGACACGCAGGAGUUCAUCACUUGCAUGUACGUCAAGAAGCUGCUCCGACACCCGGCCUUCCAGCUGCUGCUGGCCGUGCUGCUGGUGGUCAACGCCAUCACCAUCGCUCUCCGCACUAACUCCGUUCUUGGCCAGAAACACUAUGAGUUGUUCUCUACCAUAGAUGACAUUGUGCUGACUAUCCUUAUCUGUGAAGUUCUCCUCGGCUGGUUAAAUGGCUUCUGGAUUUUCUGGAAGGACGGCUGGAACAUCCUCAACUUCCUUAUCAUCUUUAUCUUGCUCGUGGGGUUCUUCGUUAAUGAACUCAGUGCCAUCUCUAUCACCUACACCCUCAGGGCACUUCGUCUGGUGCACGUGUGCAUGGCGGUGGAGCCCCUGGCCCGGAUCAUCCGUGUCAUCCUGCAGUCAGUGCCCGACAUGGCCAACAUCAUGGCCCUCAUCCUCUUCUUCAUGCUGGUGUUCUCAGUAUUUGGGGUCACUCUCUUUGGUGCGUUCGUGCCCAAGCAUUUCCAGAACAUGCAGGUUGCCCUGUAUACCCUCUUCGUCUGCAUCACCCAGGAUGGCUGGGUGGACAUCUACAGUGACUUUCAGAUGGAGACAAGGGAGUACGGAGUGGAGAUUGGGGGCGCCAUCUACUUUGCCAUCUUCAUCACCGUCGGUGCCUUCAUUGGCAUCAACCUGUUGGUCGUCGUGGUGACCACCAAUCUGGAGCAAAUGAUAAAGGCAGACGAACAGGAGCAACCGCAUCAAAUAGCCUUCAGUGAGACAGGCAACGAGGAGGGAAAUGGGAAUAACGAGCUGCCGCUGGUGCACUGUGUGGUCGCCCGUUUGGAGACAUCUGGCGUCCCCCAGGAGCCGUUUAUGGGGGGCCUCCCGACGAACCUCUCAGAAAACACAUUCGACAACUUUUGCUUGGUGCUCGAGGCAAUACAGGAGAACCUGAUGCAGUACACGGAGAUCCGAGAUGAGCUCAACACGAUAGUGGACGAAGUACGCUCCAUCCGCUUCAACCAGGAACAGGAGGAGGAGCUGAUGCACAGGCACUUGUCGUGGAGCCUGUCGAGUGUGAGCGGGUCCUCCAUAGCCAUCCGUGAGAUGACUUGCCAGCAAGACUUGAUCACCGCGCUCGUCAACAGGGAAAAGGUUCAGGAAUCCAACACAAAUGUACUCCUUAACAAACACAAGUCCAGCCGCAGAGAGGGCAGGAUGGGAGCCAACGGGCAUGAGCACACACACUCAGCCACUGCAUCUUCUGCAUCAUUAGCAUGA